GGGGAAACCGAAACCGACCUAAUAACGAGGGGAGGGAACAAAUCCCCCAGACCAUCCUCCUUCAACCAUCUCAUCGUCGUCCCCUAGGCGCGACGAGGAGAGGGAGAGAGAAAGAAGAGGGAGGAAAGCAGCGUUUGCGCAUGAACGCGCGGCCGACUCUCUGCGCGAUUGUCUUCUCGGCUGCCCUGACUCCUCUCUCUUUCCAUCAGAUGCCACGUGUACGAAUCGCAGCGUGCAGGAACUCAGCAGCAGCGUGGUAGUCUCUCAACGCAGCGCUUGUGUCGAAGCCCAGGUCUGCAGAGCUGACCGCCACUUUUGACAGGUGUCCUACCUAGCUGCCUUCCCCUAGCGGGUCAGUCGGUCACUACUCAAAAUGGAUGAGGUGUAUGAUGUCAUCGUGCUCGGCACGGGAUUGAAGGAGUGCAUCAUCAGCGGACUGCUCUCCGUAGAUGGCUUGAAGGUCUUGCACAUGGAUAGGAAUGAUUACUACGGGGGAGAAUCUGCUUCGCUGACUUUGAAUCAGCUGUGGCAGAAGUUCCACGGAACAGAGAAGCCGCCUGCAGCACUCGGAUCCAACCGGGAUUACAACGUGGACAUGAUUCCUAAGUUCAUGAUGGCCAAUGGCCAGCUUGUGAGGGUUCUCAUUCACACCGAUGUGACUAAGUAUUUGUCAUUCAAGGCCGUGGACGGAAGCUAUGUCCUGAAGCAGAACAAGAUCUACAAAGUGCCGGCCACUGAUGUGGAGGCAUUGAAAUCCCCCUUGAUGGGAAUGUUUGAGAAGAGGCGGGCUCGGAAGUUCUUUUGCUUUGUGCAGGACUACGACGAGGCAGAUCCCAAGUCACACGAGGGACUGGACGUCACCAAGACGACGUCGAGGGAGCUUUUUGCGAAAUAUGGAUUGGAGGAGAAUACGAUCGAGUUUAUUGGCCAUGCUCUUGCGCUGCACAGAGAUAAUUCGUUUUUGGACGAGCCAGCUCUGGACACAGUGAAGAGAAUAAAGCUGUAUGCAGAGUCACUCGCACGUUUUGGAGGCGGGUCGCCGUACAUCUAUCCUCUGUAUGGGCUCGGAGAACUGCCGCAGGCAUUUGCUCGCUUGAGUGCUGUCUAUGGUGGAACGUACAUGCUCUCUAAGCCAGAGUGCAAGGUGGAAUUUGAGAAUGGCGUUGCGGUUGGAGUGACGUCACAGGGGGAGACGGCAAAGUUCACGAAAGCUGUUGUUGGAGACCCCAGCUACUUCACUGAGAAGGUGAAAGUUGUUGGGAAGGUGGUGAGAGCAAUCGCCAUCAUGAGCCACCCGAUUCCGAACACAAGCGACUCUCACUCCGUCCAGAUCAUCUUGCCGCAGAAGCAGCUGAACCGGAAGUCAGAUAUGUAUGUCUUCUGUUGCUCGUACACCCACAAUGUCGCGGCAAAGGGAAAGUACAUCGCCUUCGUCUCAACAGAGUCUGAGAUGGAUGAUCCCAUGAAGGAGCUCCAACCGGGCGUCAACCUCCUUGGGCCGGUGGACACGAUCUUCUACGACUCUUUCCUGAGAUAUGAACCCAUUGCGGAUGGAAGCCAGGACAAGUGCUUCAUUUCCAAGAGCUACGACCCCACAACCCACUUCGAGACAACCGUGCAUGACGUGCUGGACCUGUACACUCGCAUCACGGGCAAGGAGCUCGAUCUGAGUGAGAAGGACCUCAGUGCAGCAAGUGCUGCUGAUGAGUGAUAAGCAUCUGCCUCCGAGGAGAUGCGGGUGAUGGAUAAGGCCCUCAUGGAUUCAUUCUGUUUUUUUUAUUCGUUUCCGUUUUUCUUUUUAACCUGUUAAACCGACAUUUGAUUCUUUUGUGAGCGGUGUAAGGCGUUAAGCCAAAGCCAGUGACUCGUGGCGUUUUCUCAUUUGCUGGAAUCUGUUUAUGUUGCAUCUCAACGGCAACGUGGGUAGGGUUGUUUGGACAGCACUCACCUGUUUUUGGUUCUGGCAAGAUGGUGUGCUAUGGUGGAGGCUAACCGAAGAGGGGGGAUGUGGAUUGGGGGGGUUUGGAUGGGGUAGGAGGUUGUUGGUGUGCUAGAGAGAGGUGCGCACAGAGAGAGAGAGAGAGAGAGAGAGAGAGAGAGAGAGAGAGAGAGGCAGGUGGCUGGCUGGCCUUCUGCUGUGCGAGGACGGAAGGCUGUUUGGUUUAAGAUUAGGAGAACGGUAAGUGGGGACUGGGAAUGUGGAAAAAUGUCAUGGGAGAAUGACAUGAUGAACGCUCAUGGGUGAACAGCUGGUGUUGGUGCUGGAGAUGCGUGGUCGUCAUCUUCCAGCACAAGAUUGUUCUCUUUGGAAGCGAUGCACCAAGACAAUUUAUGACGAGUGUGGACCUCGAAAGGAUGACUGAAAGAGUGCAAGCAAGUGGCGUUUGGUAUUUGCUAGUCUGUGUGUCGUUUUUUUUAUAUACGUAUGCGUUCACGCUGAUGAUGGGGGCAUUGAGAGCUGUGUCUCAGACUAGCCAGGAACCGGUUAUCCGUCCAGGGUAGUUGAUUUGCCUGGCAGGAGAUCAGGCCGUCUGCUCAGCCCAUCUUCUUUAUUCGAGGGGAUUGAGGAGUUGCAAACACAAAUGACAAUGGCGGCGCGGUUGGUGGAUUCUUGGGUUUACCACCUCUGUUUUAGUUUUUUAUCGACUUUCUAUUCAUUGCGGACAUCUUCGCUUGGAUCAUUGUCGAAGUGGCUUUGCUUGAACUGUGUCGUAACUUUGCAUGGAUUUGGUUGACGUGAUAAAGUUGAUUGGUCUUU